ACACACACACCUGGGCACACACACACAUUCCCAUCCCAGCCCCAGUACCUGGGGACACCCACAGGGUCCCCCCACAGUGAGGUGGCACCGGAGCUGUCCCUGCUGUGCCUGGGGCCCAUCCAGCCUCAAUUGCACCCGCUGGGGACCUGGUGGCACCCUCAGGGGACAGAGGGGUGGUGCUGGGUCUGGGUGUCCCGAUAACAGCCCCGGCCUUAUCUGGGCACUGCCAAGGGCUCCCCUCCCUGCACAGCCUCGGGGAUUUUGGGGGUCCCUCCCCGCACUGAGCCCACCUGUCCCCACCAGCCGGGUUCUCUUGGCCAAGCCCCCCUUGGCAUGGGCACAGCGGGCGUGUGGCACCCGGUGGUGGGCACAGGGAGGUGGCACACGUCCCCACGGGGGUGUCUGCGUGCUGAGGGUGACUCUGAUUUAUUUGGGGGCUGUGGAGGUUUGUGUGGCUGCUGUGGGAUUCACCAGCCCCUCCCCGGUUUCUCUGUCACAACAACGGAGGGAAACUGAGGCACGGUAAAGAGGGGGGUGGGGGGGCUGCCCCUCGGCACAGUCACCCCCUGCCCACCCCGUGAAUGUGGGGGUUCAGACCCCGAGAGGGGGUGGGGGUGAUAUCAGCCCCCCAAAACGGGGAUGGAGGCAGGGCAAGGCAGGGGGUGCUGAUCUGAGCCUGGGGUGGGCAAAAGACCCCCCCAAAACCCCGGGGGCGCCCCCUCCCCGUGUCUUUACCCACGGGGUCCCCCGGCAAUGUCUCAUCAUGCCGGGAGGGGCAGGGGGUGACCCCCGGGGGGACCCCGGCCCUCCCCUGUGUGUUGCGCCCCCCCCCAUCCCCCGGAGAGAGAUUUGGGGGGCCGGGGGCGGGGAGAGCAUCCCUUUGGGGGGGCGGGCGGCGCACGGCCCGUGGCGUGGGCACCGGCGGAGCAAAGCCUGCGCGGAGCGGGGGGCCGCGGGCCGGGGGGGUCCCCACGGGGGAAGGGGCAUCGCCCGCCCGUGGCCGCGGCGCCGGGGCCGCUGGAUGGAAGCGAGCUGGGUGCCGGCUGCCAUGGCUCUGGGGCUCUCCUCCAAGAAAGCUUCCUCCAGGAACAUCGCCGUGGAGAGGAAAAACCUCAUCACCGUCUGCAGGUUCUCGGUGAAGACCCUUCUGGAGAAGUACACGGCAGAUCCCAUCGAUGACUCCUCCGAGGAGUUCGUUAACUUCGCUGCCAUCCUCGAGCAGAUCCUCAGCCACCGCUUCAAAGGCCCUGUCAGCUGGUUCAGCUCUGAUGGACAGCGCGGGUUUUGGGAUUACAUCCGCCUGGCCUGCAGCAAGGUCCCCAACAACUGCGUCAGCAGCAUCGAGAACAUGGAGAACAUCAGCACCUCCAGGGCCAAGGGCCGGGCCUGGAUCCGCGUGGCGCUGAUGGAGAAGCGAAUGUCCGAGUACAUCUCCACGGCCCUGAGGGACACUCGCACCACCAGGCGGUUCUACGAUGACGGGGCCAUCAUGCUGCGGGAGGAGUCCACGGUGCUCACGGGGAUGCUCAUCGGGCUCAGCGCCAUCGACUUCAGCUUCUGCCUGAAGGGAGAGGUGAUGGACGGUAAAACGCCCGUGGUCAUCGACUACACGCCCUACCUGAAGUUCACGCAGAGCUAUGACUACCUGAGCGAGGAGGAGGAGCGGGGCAGUGUGGAGAGCAGCACGAGCGAGGACAGCUCACCUGAGCACCCCUACCUGCCCCUGGUCACCGACGAGGACAGCUGGUACAACAAGUGGCGCAAGAUGGAGCAGAAAUUCCGCAUUGUUUAUGCCCAAAAGGGGUACCUGGAGGAGCUGGUGAGGCUGCGGGAGUCACAGCUGAAGGACCUGGAGGCGGAGAACAAGCGGCUGAAACUCCGGCUGGAGGAGGUGAUGGUGCAGAACCAGCUGGAGAAGAGGGAGCUGGAGGGCGUCAUCCUGGAGCUGCAGGAGCAGCUGACGGGGCUGAUCCCCUGUGAGAACCCACAGCUGGCCCAGCUCUCCAAGGAGAUGGUGACACCCCUGGUCAACCAGUGGCCCUCCCUGGGGACCCUCAAUGGCAACGAGAGCGGCUCGGACAGCAAACUCUACAGAAGGCACAGCUUCGUGAGCACCGACCAGCUCUCGGCCGAGAACAGCCUCAGCUCCGACUCCCAGCGCCUGGGCGAGGGCAAGCGUGAAGGGGAGCCCUGGGGGCCCUUGGGGAAGGACCCCACGCCCUCCAUGCUGGGGCUCUGCGGCUCCCUGGCCUCCCUGCCCAGCUGCAAGUCCCUGGCCAGCCUCAAGUCCAACGAGUGCCUGGUGAGCGACAGCACGGAAGCCAGCCCGACCCGCAGCCCCAGCUGAGACCCCCGGCCCCCGCGCCGCCCCCCGGCCCCGCCUGACGGCGCAGGACUGACCGAGCUCGGCCCCCCUCGCACCCCGGGCACGACGAGGGACUCGCUGAUCCCACCGGGGAGGCUGGGGACGGGCAGCCCCCUCCCCACCUUGAGACCCCACCCUGGACCCCGGCUGGAGACACGGACCUGCUGGGAUGGGGGUGCAGGACUGGGGGGAACGAACUGUGCCACGGUGGGGGGACACUGGCAGUGGCAGCUGCUGGGGAGAGAGGGGGGUCGGGCCCAGGCCCCUUCCAGGGUGAGGGUCCAGCGUGGCCCCGCUGUCCGUCCUGCUCAGCCCCUGGUGCCCACCCGGGCUGCGCCUGCCUGGCCUCCCCCAGCUCCCCUGCACUGUGCGGGGCUGCCUGCCCCCCUUGCAGCAGCAUCCCCACAACAGGGGAGGAUCCUUCUUCCCCCUUCCUCCCUGUCCUCCCCUGGGUUUUGGGUUGUUUUGGGUGAUUUUGGUUUUUAUUUCAGCCCCAUCUGCCUUGUUGGAGCAAAAGGAAUCAAUAAACGCAGCAAGCAGA